CCAAGCCGACGGAUCACGUGUUGAACCCCCCUUUGGGUUAUUUUGGGGUAUACCCAAUGAGUUUUGCGAAGGGUUUGCGGUUCCCCCUCCAUCCUUUCAUCAAGGAAUACCUUGAUAUGGUGAGUUUACCUCCAGCCUUGUUGACGCCCAACAGCUACUCGCUCAUCGUCGGCUUCCUUAUCCGUUGUGAUGAGUUGGGCUUCUCGCCGACGACUGCGCUUUUCACCAACCUGUACCGGAUAGGCCGAGGGAGCCAUCAGAAUUGCGCCGGUUAUGCUGCCUUACAGCAAGUUCCCAAGAGGAGGACAUUUACAGAUCUUCCUUCGUCUAUCCAUGGCUGGAAGGCGAAGUUUGUUUUAGUUAACCUUGGCCGGGGCGGUUUCUUCCCUUCUGUGGGUCAUAGCGGCCUGUUCGAGUUGCAUAAUCCUCCGUGGAAUGCCGAGAUCAGUAGGCAAGUGGAAGCUUUUAUCAAGGGCGGGCCAAGGAGCAUAGCAACAUACAUUACGGAGUAUAAGAUGGCCGCCCUCGGCUUCGUGAGAUACUACUGUCCUGGUGAUGUGGACGAUGGCUUCUGGCCGAAGAUGGAGGGGUCUUAUGAACAGGCCGACGGUCCCUCACUUGGUGUUCCUGCUGAAGCCGAAGGUUUUGUCAUGGAUCGAAUGUCCUUCAUUGCCUGGGCUGCAAAGAAAGCCGAUGCGGAGCUGAAGGCCGCUCAGGCUGCUGAGAAAGCAAAAGCAUCUGCUGGCGGUUCUCAAGGAGGUGCUGAGGCCGUCAAGAAGCCUGUUGC